UUUCAUCCCGACGCUUCGAUGAGUCAAGUCUAGCGGCCGGGAGUGAGGGGAACAUCUGCUCUGUGUUCGUUGUUAUAUCUACUCUCACUGAGCAUUAGCAAUAUGAAAGUGCUGGUGAUUGGCGUUGCGGCAGUGUGCGUCUUGGCCGUCGCGGAGGCCCAGUUGGCAGGCAGCCUUGAGGACUUGGACCUGCCACUGAAAGAUAAGAUAUGGUACGAGAACAACAACAACGCCAAGCGGCCAGAAGCGAGCGGCUCGUAUCCCAAGGGUGACACUUACAACUGGGACCGAGAGCCGUCACUUGAGCCUCUACUGACGGCGGAGAACGAGAGAGAAAGCUUGGAAUACGGUUUGGAGAAAUUGAAGAAGCUCUUAGAACUGCUGGAGAAAAUGAAGGAGCUGGGCCUAGGUCUGUCGCCUGAGAGUGCGGCCUACAUGCACCAAAAUAAUUUCAAGAAGUCCCACCCUUUCUCAGCCAACGUGUCCAGGCAAUGCUAUCUCUUCAACGCAGCGACAGCUUAUCUCAUCCAAAAGUUGAAUCUUGACCCCGAGUACGCGACAUUCGACCUCGCGUUCCAAGGCGCCCUUAUCAAAACGAACGACUUCUGCGAUAAGAGCUUGAUAAGGGAGGAACCUACGGAUUGCAAGGCCUUCAAGCACUACAGGUCCAUCGACGGAACCUGCAAUAACCUGGCCUUCCCCACCUGGGGCUCCACCUUCACGCCCCUCCGGCGGGUUACCCCUUCCUUCUACAGCGACGGAGUGAAGGAGUUCCGCCUGGCCAAAAACGGGGAGGAGCUUCCGAGCGCUCGUCUGGUGAGCUCCAGCGUCAACCUCAAGCGGAACGUCGAGUCGCCCUCGAUCUCCGUCCUCUACAUGACCUUCGGGCAGUUCCUCGACCACGACCUCGACUUCUCACCCUUGCACAAAAACGCUGACGGGAGGGAGAUCCCAUGCUGCCCCGACACGCUACACGGAGAUGACUCGAUGAUGCAUCCCGAGUGCGCGCCUAUAGUCAUCCCCGCCAACGACCCCUUCUACGCGCAGUUCAACCAGACGUGCAUGGAGUUCGUGCGGUCGGUGGGAGACUCCAGCUGUGUUUGGGGUCCUCGGGAGCAGAUCAACGAGAAGACAUCCUAUCUGGACGGCUCUGCUGUCUACGGCUUCGAGCAGCCCUUGGUCGAUUCCUUGAGAGAGUUUGAGGACGGACUCCUCAAGUUCCAGGUCACGAAGGAGGGCGAGGAGCUCGUUCCCGCGAACACAGACAUGACCAACGCGUGCAACAAGCAGGAGAAAGCAGAUAUAGGCCAGUUCUGCUUCAGAUCAGGAGACAGGAGGCUCAACGAACAGCCCUUGCUUGUCCUCCUCCACGUGGUGUGGGCGCGGCACCACAACCAGCUGGCGAAGGGGCUGAAGGAGCUGAAUCCUUACUGGAGCGACGAGAAGCUGUUUCAGGAGGCGCGGCGGAUCCUGUCGGCGCAGUUACAGCAUGUCACUUACAACGAAUACGUGUCCGUCAUUUUCGGAAAAAAACUCUCCAGCAAGUUCAACCUAGUGCCUCUGAAGGGAAAAGCGAGAACGAACAUUUAUGACGAGACUGUCAGCGCCGGGAUAAGUGACGUUUUCGCCGGAGCAGCUUUCCGGUUCGGACACAGCCAGAUCUCGGGCAGCAUGGAGCGCAUGGACAGGACGGGAGACGUAACCUGCAGCGAGAUGUCCUCCGUGUUCAUGAACCCCUUUGUCAUCUACUCCAAGGGCGCCGUGACGGAGCUGAUAAGGGGCGAAGUGGCUCAGAACGCGGGGGAGGUCGACCCUUUCUUCACCCCGCAGGUGACGGGGAAGCUGUUCCGCGGGGACAUGCCCUUCGGGAUGGACCUGGCGGCCAUCAACAUCCAGCGCGGGCGGGACCACGGCCUGGCGCCCUACAACCGCGUGCGGAUGGCCUGCGGCUUGCCUCUCAUCACGAAAUUCAAGCAACUCCGACGCGAGAUGGACAAGGGCGUCGUGAAGAGCCUUAAGAAAGUUUACAAGUAAGUGCA